AUGCAAAAGACUUCCUUAUCUGAGAUCAAUGUCAUUGUUUCAAAUUCUACAGAUGCAUUUUGUUUUAUGUUAGAAUUGCCUGGCGGUUCAAUCGUGCAAAGCACCUGCGAAAUGAAAUCUGAUUUUGCUCUUUGCGUUAAAAAUUCACAACCUGUAAAGACGGAAAAGAUUCUUGAUAUUUUGGGAACGGACAACGUCAUUAUCACUGAUCUGAAGCCAGAGACAACUCUGAAGGAAGUUGAUGAUUUAUCAUAUCUUGGUGUAGCACCCGAAGCAAAGCGAACCGUUAGAAUAGGAAAGAAUGUAUCAGUAAUGUUGCCGAAAAUAUUUUGUUAUUACCCAAAAAAUAAAUGUAAGACUGUUUCACCGGGGAAGAUUCUUCAGUUCACUCCUUGCUUGCAUGUCUUUUGCAAACAUUGCGUAGAACGGUGGAGAAACGCACGUAAGAUAAAACCAAAUUCAAAAAACUCAUGUGCCUCUCAGGAAAUUGUUUCACCUAUGAUUUGCCUUGCAUCGAAUUGUUUCUCAAUAUUCGAUGAAAGCUACUGUAGACGUUUGAAUUGGAAAUGUUGUGAGAGUCAAUUCUGCUGCCGACAACUUUCGGCAGUCUCAUUGGAAUGCUUGCCAUGUAAACAUAAUAUUUGUUCAACAUGUAUGGAAGAAUACAAAAUAUUGCCCAUUCCCGUUUGCCCAGCGGAAGAUUGUUCAGGAAAAGCAUCUGAGGUGGAUGAGUCCAAUCUGUGCGACGGUAUAUGUAAAAAAUACGUGGAAGAAGGCAAAUACAUAACGACAAGUUGCUGUCAAGCAAAAAUAUGCUCCGCUUGUUUCGAGACUAUUUCCGGUCGUAAAUAUUCAACAGGUACUGAUUUUGAUCAUUCCAAGUUGCUUGUUUUGAACAAUCUUAACAAGAUUUCAAUUAUUGAGGAUAUGCAAUACUUCACAAAUUUAUUGAUUCAUUUCUAG